ACCAGGUCAGAAAGGCGGUGAGAGGACGUGCGCGUGGCCAUGCGUCCUGAAACUCGCCCCUUUACAACAACCCCCAACAUACAAAAUUACUGCUUCCUUGGUUAUUUCACAAGUGCUGUAACGUCUGAAUUUGAGUUCACAGGAUAAAUACAGGGGUUAAAAUCAUAAUAAUUCGACGCUGAGGGCAUAUUUUUUCUGCUACCUGAUAGGGUUCUGGUUCGCUAUCUUGCUAAGUUGCUACGAAGAGACGAAGACUGAAGUGACAUUUAACGUUACGUUAACGUUAAUUCAUUCACCCAAAACAACAAUGGCAGCGCAGGAUUUUAAUUUCUUGCUUGCGACGGAUUCUUACAAGAUCACACACUACAAACAUUAUCCUCCAAAUGUCAGCAAAAUCUACUCCUACUUUGAAUGCAGACGCAAGAAAGGCUCCCAGUUCAGUGAAGUGGUGUUCUUUGGUCUUCAAUAUCUGCUGAAGAAGUACCUCACAGGCCCAGUGGUCACAGAGGAGAAAAUUCAGGAAGCCAAGCUCUUCUACCAGAUGCACUUCAAACAGGCUGUGUUCAAUGAAGAAGGAUGGAGGAAAGUCCUCGAGAAACAUGAUGGUCGUCUUCCUAUCCGGAUCAAAGCUGUCCCUGAGGGCAGGAUCAUACCAAGAGGCAACGUGCUCUUCACUGUGGAAAACACAGAUCCCAACUUCUACUGGCUCACCAACUACAUUGAGACCAUGCUGGUCCAGAUGUGGUAUCCCAUCACAGUAGCCACCAUAUCCAGGGAGUUUAAGAAGAUUCUGGCCAAGCACCUGAAAGCCACCUCAGGGAGCCUGGAAGGCCUGGACCUGAAACUGCAUGACUUUGGUUAUAGAGGAGUCUCCUCACAGGAGUCUGCAGCAUUAGGUGGAGCAGCUCAUCUGGUUAAUUUCUGCAGUACAGACACAGUAGCUGGGCUGCUGAUGGCUCAGCGAUACUAUGGAUGUCCUAUGGCUGGCUUCUCCAUUCCAGCAGCAGAGCACAGUACCAUCAUCUCCUGGGGGAGGAGCAGGGAGAAGGAGGCAUUUGAGCGAGUCCUGGACCAGUUCUCCUCUGGGCCGGUGUCAGUGGUCAGUGACAGCUACGACAUCUUUAACGCCUGUAAACACAUCUGGGGAGACAAGCUGAAGGAGCGAGUCAUGGAGCGCAGCCAGGACUCAUGUCUGGUCAUCCGGCCGGACUCAGGAGACCCUGCAGAGACUCUUAUUGAGGUCAUCAAGAUUUUGGAGGACUGUUUUGGCUGUUCGCUGAACUCUGUGGGAUACAAGAUUCUGCCUUCCUACCUUCGAAUUAUUCAAGGAGACGGCAUUGACCUCAGCUCAGUGGAAGAGAUUCUUGAGAAGCUGAGUGAUGAAGGCUGGAGUGCUGAGAACGUCUUCUUUGGUUGUGGCAGCGCUUUACUUCAGAAACUCAACAGAGAUACACUCAGCUGUGCCUUCAAGUGCAGCUAUGUGGAAACUAAUGGCAAGGGGAUGGACGUGUACAAGCAGCCCGUGACCGACCCAUCCAAGGGGUCAAAGAGGGGUCGAUUAUCACUGAGGAGAAACUCUGAUGGCUUCUUAGAGACAAUAGAGAGAGGGGCAGGCAAGCCUGAGGAGGACCUGCUGGUGACUGUUUUUGAGAAUGGCAACCUGGUGAAGGACUACUCCCUGGAGGAGAUCAGGAAGAACGCUCGGCUAAGGGAUGAGGAGGUGAACCCCACCCUGCACAACCACGAACAGGAGCUGCUGCACAAUCACAUCAACGGAAUUCAUUAGGUCAAACACAAAGCCUCUCACAACGCAUAUGAUACUUCAGUGUUUAACAGGGUGCACUGGAAUGAAGACUGAUGUGAUUUCGAAAGACACCCAUCAAAGUAUAAAAACAUGUUUAAGGAGAGUGAAAAGCUGUUUCUUAUAGCAGUUACUACCAAGCACUACCACCUGCGCUUCAUCCUGAGGACACCAGUGGUAUUGUUUUCAGGUAGAUUUCUCUUCUGGUCAAACACUCCACACAGUUAACUGUGUGGGCAGACAAUUAUACUGCCCUGUCACGGCCAUGACCAUAACUGAAGCUCAGGUUCAAAUAUGAUCAGGUAAGUAAAUCCAUAAAUGAAAGGUAAAACUUAGAUUUUCUGAGUUUGGGGUUGCUACUGAACACUACAACAAAAUUUUAAGAUAUUUUCAUAGCUGAUAUGCAGUAUCUGAGCAUUUUCAGGCCAAAAAUUACCUAAACUUUUAAAUAUUCUGAGCUUCCAUUAGAUUUAUUUUUCUUAGUGUUCUUAUGAGAGGAAAAAUGCCUUUUGUAGCAGCAUUUUAGACCACAAGACACUAACAUUUACCAUAAGAAAAUAUGAACAGUAACAGUAUUAGACAAUAGACAGUAUUAGUGACAAUGAGGGCUUGAUAUACAAUAUUUAAUUUAAGGUCAGUGUCAGCCUCAUAUAUCAGCAGAACAAUAUAUUGCUCCAGCUCCAUGUUCUGACCUUUAGUUUGGUGUACAGUAUAUAAACGAAGACAUCACAACACUGACCAGCAGCGCAAAAUAAAUAAAGCAGAUUGUGCUGCACUGCCACAGAUUGGACAAAAAAAACAAAGUCAAUGAAGCCAUACCUGUUGUUUCUGUUUCAUGGUUUUUGAUGCCACUGGCCCAUAAAGCACACACUAUAGAACCCCAGAGUGUUCACUAUAAAAUAAAUAAAAGACAUUAUGAAAUAAAUAAUCACAAGAAUACAUUUUGAAAAAUAUAAUAAAUGAACCAACAAUUAUUGAAACUCAACUCAUGAAAUUUGAAUUCAUCAUUCAUUUUCAUAUUAACUGAAUUUUAUUGGAUAUCAUUUUUAUUUCAUUCUAGACAUUUUUAUUUCAAAAUGCCCUUUCUCCAAAGUCUGCUUUUAGUUUAUAAUGUCGCUUUCCAUGACAGUGGUGUUAUGGUGUUAUCAACAGUCACUGUCCUUUAUCUUUCAGCCAGUCACCUACCCCCUGCCUCUCAUAAGCUAGCAAGCUCAACAACUGCUACCAAAUUUAGCCUGUUAGCUAGAGCAACAACAAUUCCAAAGCAAUUCUGAAUCAUACAGCUAGAGUCUGCUACUGUAAAUAAACAAGGUACACAGACACAAUAACUAAACCUUUUUAGCAUUUAAGCCUUUGGCCAAGGGCAUUUUUAAUGAAAAUAAGAAUGGUGCAAUAACAUUUCAUAUUAAUGAGUUGAGAAUAGACUGUUGCGCAUGCGUUGGCAUCUGUGUCUACCUGCCAGAGGCACUGUUUUAAAUUGACUUUACUAGUUUCUACCCAGAUUUUUAUGAUACUCCAUUUUAGAUCUCGGUCGUUUUUAACUAUAUCUUUUAACCGGAGUAUUUUAUUCAUCGGAUGUGGAUUUUAAGUUGUUUUGUUCACUUUCCCAUCCGAAGCACAACCCGGCUGGUCUUUAGCAAUGCAUGGGAGCUUACUUUCUAAGAGGACUGCAGUCACUUUCAAGAUGCUUUCAACUGCAAGCAAAAACCUCAUCUCCGCAGUGGACGCAUGCCAGUAAAUUUUACUCAGCUGGAGGGAAGAUACUCCACGCUUAACCAGAUCCAGGAAGCAGAAAAACUCCUGGAUACCAUCACUUUCGGUCCAGCACAAGCUGACUCAACCUCUGCCCCUGAGCCUGAUGCCACUGCUCCCCAUCCUGCUGUUGGGGCUGUUGAAGCUGCCUCUCCUCCACAGUCUGGUACUAUCGCUCGCUCUCCUGUUGCUGAUCCACCUCCUCUGGUCACUGUCCCCAACAACUCACUGUCCUCGACCUGCAGGACUCCCCUCCUGUAGCUGCGGAUUCCCGGCCUUUUUCUCCACCUCCCCUGCUGUCCCAUAGACCCCUCAGCUCAUUGUCGCCUCCGAUCCCUCCACCAGCCAUGCCUGAGAACACCUCCCUCAGGGCUCGCCACUCCAUACCGCUUUCUACACCAGCUCUGUGGCGGGCCCCUUCCCACCUCUCUGUCCAUCCACUCUGUCAGAAGGACACGUAGCUCCCCAGGCUGUUCACCUGAGGAAUAUUGCAAAAAUAUGCCCUCUGUUAUCUUUACAGCAUUUGGAAAUGGUUAUCUAUGCUUUUGUGUCCUUUCGCCUAGACUACUGUAAUGCUCUGUAUUCCUGCCUAAGCCAAGAUGCAUUUGCCCAUUUACAGUUAGUCCAAAACUCUGCAGCAAGAUUACUCACCAAGACCUCAUAUCGCUCUCACAUCACCCCAGUUCUGAUGUCACUACACUGGCUUCCUUGGAUGUUUUAAGUCACAGCUGAAGACCCAUCUCUUUUCUAAGUCUUUUUGUGCUUGAGUCAUGUACCCUAUUCUGUUUUGUGUGUUCUUUUCUUUUAACUUUUUAUCCUGUUGCCAAGCACUUUGUAACCUAGGUUUUGAAAGGUGCUAUAUAAAUAAAAUUUUACUUACUUGAGUUUGAAUCAUUUCUAUUUAUUGUUGUUUAUUAUUAGUAUUAUUAUUAUUAUCAUCAUUGUUGUUGUUUAUUUAUUUAUUUAAUAUUGAACAUUUUGGGGCUCUGUACACUCCUUUUCAUCAUCAAGUCUUCUAAUGAAUUCUGCUGGUGUCUAAAUUGUUUGUCUGAUUCAUUGGUUCCCAAGCUUUUUGGCUUGUGACUCUUUAAAGUGAAGCAUUAUCUACUUGUGAUUCCUCAUUACAGGUUCUGUGGUCUAUGAGCUGUGAGCAAUUUAUCCAGAGUCCAUUUUAAUGUCAGAUUGAGGCCUGAGGAGGUAUUUGGUCUAAUUAAAUUUCCAUAAAUAUAAGCAAAUAGUGACUUUGCAGUAUUCUCUUAAAAAAUUGAUGGAGAUAAAGACACAUUUUUGUUUUCUUUUUCCAUUUAAACACUUAAACUACCAAAUUUCUCAAUGUUCUCUGUUUGAUACAACAGGGCACAUGUAUUUGUUUUUCCCUGGGGUUAUAACAAUAACUGAUGUACUGAUUUGACAAAUCUGGUAUCCUGAAAUGCUGAAAGCUGCAGUGAACAUGGCUCCAUUAGUCAUCACCUGUAGAGACAUAAAGGUAUCUGUAGACAGUUAUUGAUAGUAGUAACACACCAUCCUGUGUUGUAGGUGCUUUUUUUGACCUUUUGGAUUGGUUUCCAUUUAAACAGUGGUGCUGCUAUGAAGACAUACAGUAAAGGCACAUUGCACUACUCUCAUCUGCUCGCACAGAUUUGACACAUCCUCACUUGUAAUUUCAGUGUGUGUUAUAAAAGGUGGCACAAUAAUUCAGUAUAAUUGUUUAGCAUCUUUCCAUGUGAUUAUGACAAAAUUCUGAUAUGGAGAUGUGAUGGCUUGCAGUUCAAACAUCUAAAAAAGUGACAAGUAAAAUUUAACGACAGUCUGUCAUGGAUUGUGAUGAUGUUUGGAUUUUAUGAAAGUUUACCAUCACUCAACUCAAACUGAGUCACAAUAUUAAGAUAAUUCUAUUUCAAAAGUGAUUUUUUUAUUUGAUUUUUUUUUUUUUUGGGGAGUAUUCUUCGCUGUUUGAUACAAUAUUGAUUUUUGACUAAAAUGUUGUACAGAUAAACCUUAGAAGACAGACUGGAUAUUAAACUGCCUUUACUAAAUUUAAUGUAGGCCUGUUAUUGUGCACUGCUAAAAUGAUGUAGUAAAAUGUGGGAUAUCAGAUAUGAUUUGAUAUUAGCAAACUGGAUAUGUGAGACAUUCCUAGAUGGAAUAAUACAAAUAGAUACUGGUAAAAAAAAAAGUAGGUAGGGUAAAACAUUUUGUUGAAAAUCAGGUUUGAAUUGGCAGGUGAACCUUGGAUUGACUUGGGGACAUUAAAUGAAAAAUUCACUCUGAUAUUCUCCUACAGAUACAGUCAGUCUCUGAUGUCCACUGCAUUCCACCAGUUAUUUUAUGAUUAAGUUUUAUCAUUAAGUCUUUAUGUACCAACCUUCCCUCAACCUGCCUUGUCUACAUUAGUUAGAAGUUUUUUAUUUCCCAGAAUGCCUUUCAAUAACCUCUACACUAUGGACAUUAUUACUUCAAAUCAAAUUAGACUGCAGGCCAAAGCCUGUUUGUAUUUGAUUUAUUGCUGAUGACCUGUCUAUAGGGAUUAGUGAUGAAGUAGUGACUCAGUUUGCCAUCAACACUGAACAAUACAUGGCUUGACUCUUGUGUAGUACCGACACUAAUCAUCAUAUGUAAUUAUAUUUUGUAAAUAUACUUCUAACUGAGCUGUAUCUUUUAAAUUUUCUGUAUCUUUUUUUUUGUUUGUUUCAAAACCUCACCUUUUGUAAGAUUAAAAAAACCUUAAACACUUUCA